AUGGACCCAAAUAAAUUUAAUAGCAAGAAGAUACUCGAACUUUUCCCAACAAAGGAUACGUUUCCUUCGCAGAACUUACGAGUGGCACGUUUUGAAGAGGAUGCUGGCGCAGAUGGAGAGCCGCCACUUGUGCGCAUGAAAGCAGCAGGUGAAGACACAGGGACUGACCACUCAAGUAGCGCAGAUCUUAAGCACCAGGCAGCCGUCAACAACCCACUUUCAGUACACUCAACGACAGAGCCAGAGGAGCAAGAAGAGGGGGCCGGGGACAGCAUCAGCAUCAGCGCCGGAACUUCAGCCACACAUGACCCCUCGCCUCACAAACGGCGGCGCUCGGAUCACGGUUGCGCCAAGCCGCGACGCGCCAGGACUGCCUUCACAUACGAACAACUGGUGGCCCUGGAGAACAAAUUCCGCUCUACGAAAUACCUGUCAGUGUGUGACAGACUCAACCUGGCUCUGUCCCUUAGCCUCACCGAGACGCAGGUCAAGAUCUGGUUCCAGAACAGAAGAACCAAGUGGAAGAAACAAAACCCGGGCGCGGACAACACGAUGUCGCCUGGGGCGAAUUCUUUGGUCAGCGUCAACCCAUGUCCUGUGACUUGUGUCUCGAGUUCAGCCAGUUACCAAACUUUCCCGUCCUUCAGCUCUGGGAAUAUGAUCUUCCAUACUGCCGCUGUUCCGUUGUCGUCCACAGGAGGGCUGUUACAUCACUUCUUGCCCAAUGGUUAUCAUUUCCAGCCGUCCUACUUUACCCCACAUUUAUGA